CUAGACAUUCCACCCUACCCUCAGCACGUACCCUACAAACGCCACUCACUUGCGUCUACCUUCACCUUCUCUUACACAACACACACAAUCCAAUCUCUCUUCACUUUCCUGUCCUAAAGAAAAUCUAAAAGCCUCUCCCAUGUUCUUACAUUACAAAAACACACAACACUUUCAGAAGUGACUCAGCUCUCUUUCUUGACUUAAAAAUGCUUUCUUUAACCAGAAACUCCCUCAAAGAACCCAUCUUUUUUUAACUAUGAAAGAUGGGGUUUUUCCGGAGACUUUUUGGCCCCAGGAAGAAGACUAGAUCUUCAAAAACAACACCCUCUUUGUCACAGUCCAACAAGGUUGAUCAAGAUUCGGUGUCAACUACUCAUUUUGAUGCUAGCAAUUUGGAUGCUAAUAAGCAUGCAAUAGCUGUGGCAGCUGCUACUGCUGCUGUUGCUGAAGCUGCACUUGCUGCUGCUCAAGCGGCUGCUGAGGUUGUUAGAUUGACUAGUGGUGGUCCUGUUGGGAGAGGUGGUGGUAAUGUUGGUGGCAGUCACCGGCGGUUUGUGGAGGAAGUGUCGGCUGUUAAAAUUCAAUCUGCCUUUCGUGGUUAUUUGGCAAGGAGAGCACUAAGGGCACUAAAAGCUUUGGUGAAGCUUCAAGCCUUAGUGAGAGGCCACAUUGUGAGAAAGCAAACAGCAGACAUGCUUAGGCGUAUGCAGACAUUAGUGAGACUGCAGGCUCGAGCCCGUGCUAGUCGCAGUUAUGUGUCGGACUCAUCGCAUACUACUGGCAAGUCCUCUCAUUCUCGUUAUGCUGUCCCUGCAAGUCCUUCAAAGGAUCACCUGUUUCGUGUUUCAAGUACCAAAUUUGAUGGGCCCUCGAUUCUCAAGAGAUGUGGUUCAAAUGCAAACUUUAGGGAGAGCAUUGACUUUGACAAAGUAAAAUGGGGUUCGAACUGGCUAGACCGUUGGAUGGAAGAAAGUUUUUUGAAUGACCAUGGCAGCAAUCCACCGAGAAGUCGAAAUGCUGAUGAUGAGAAGAGUGACAAGAUUCUUGAAGUGGACACUUGGAAGCCCCAUGUGAAAUCCCAACAAAGUAAUAGAACAUUUCAGACUUCACAGCAUGCUUUGGCUUCAGAUCAUAACAAUCAGAGCUUUAUGACUUUCGACUCUAUGUCAAAACUAUCAAAAAAAGAACCGAAUCCAAGGCCGAGCAUCCCUUCAGGAGAAAUUUUGCAGUCUCUUAAAUUACCUCUAGGAAAUGAUGAAGCAGUUUAUAGGACCGCUGAGAAUAGCCCUCGUAUGUUCUCUGCAACAUCUAGACCUGGAAGUAGUGGUCGGAGAGGAGGCCCUUUUACACCAACAAGGAGUGAGUGCUCGUGGGGCUUCUUUAAUGGAUACUCGGGUUACCCCAAUUACAUGGCUAACACUGAAUCAUCUCGAGCCAAGGUCAGGUCACAAAGUGCCCCAAGGCAGAGGCUAGAGUUUGAGAAAUAUGGUUCAAGCAGAAGAUCUGUUCAGGGGUAUUCUGAUUCAGAAACUCGUUCAGAAAGGGGUUUUGCUCAAAAUACUGAACUUCAAAACAAAGCUUACGUAGCAUCUGGCUACUUGAAUAGACUAGGGACUUCCGACUUGAGGUGAAAACCGUACCAUUUCUUAUCGGUUUUUCUUCUUCCGUUUCCGGUGUGUGCAGCAACAUCCUAUAGUUGUAAUUAUUUGAUCAUUGAUCUUACAGACUGUCUUUACAGAACUGAACUUUUUAACAUUUUGAGUGUUUCGGAUUUAUGUAAUAUCCCAAAAUUGUGGUUGUAACCUCUUUGAUUACAACAAUGUUCAAGUGUUAUUAUAGCUAUGCCUAUAUAUUUCUCGUU